GAUUCUUUCAGACUUCACUCCUAAAUAAGCAACACUUUUCAGUGCGUCGUAUACAUAAUAAGUAUUGACAUUGAGCUAUAUCAACACCACCUACCUACCUAGCUAUGUACUCCAAUUAACAUUUUUUCGGAUACAAGAGUCUAUCGUACACCAAAUGUAUGAAUCAAUUGAUCUUUGAUCGAUCAACGGGCAAUCUUGGCCCAAAUGCCUUUGCUCGCAUUCAAACUACCCAAUUAAUUCAGGCAAUCUUACCCGCCCCAAAGGUAAAAUUCAAUGGUGGUGAAAAGCCUCCGACGACUGUAGCUUCAGGUACGGAAGCUCGAGAUUACGAGCCAGCGAAGGUAUGGGCGCACCAAACUGGAGUAAACGCCUUGUCAAUAGAUAGAUUUGAUGGAAAGAUUCUUCUUUCUGGUGGUGCAGAUGCAUCGAUCAAAGUUUGGAAUCUUGAUCAAAUCCCCACCGGGGCAUCAGAAUAUACAUUCCGACCAACCGGAAUAGUCCCCAGGAGUGCUUCCGCGCAUCAAUAUGGCAUUACACAUCUUAGUUUCUAUCCUUUCGAUUCUGCUGCGUUUCUCUCUUCGUCGUACGAUCAUCACCUAAAACUAUACUCCACGGAGACUCUCCAACUAUCUGCAGACUUCAAUCUAGACUCUGUAGUCUAUUCGCAUGCCGUAUCUCCCAUUGCACAACAUCUUUUGGUGGCUUGUGCAACUCAACAUCCAGCUGUCAGGCUCGUAGAUCUUCGGUCCGGCGCAAGUACACAUUCAUUAGCUGGGCAUCAUGGGGCUAUCCUCUCGGUUGCUUGGCAUCCAAAUGUUGAGCAUAUACUAGCUAGUGGUUGUGUAGACGGUACGAUUCGUGUCUGGGAUGUUCGAAAGAGUUCUGGUGCAGUGGGUUCGCUGGACUUGGAAGAUGCAAUUGGGAUUACAACUACACAUGGGAUGGCAGGUGGUCGAUCAAGAGCAUCUGCCAAGGCUCAUACCGGAGCUGUCAACGGUCUUACGUGGACGGAUAAUGGGAACUAUAUCGUAUCUGCAGCACACGAUGAACGGGUUCGAGUCUGGGAUGCAGCUACGGGUGCUAAUACUCUCGCAAGCUUUGGUCCAACAAUCAAGAAUGGUCAUCUCUCAAGUCUACCUAUAGUAGUGUCGCCCACAGCAUUAACACGCCCCAUGAAAGAACUUCUAUUCUUCCCCAACGAAAAAGAAAUUCUUGUUUUCGAACUUCAUGAAGGACGUCUUCUCAAGCGACUCAAAGUUCCUGGCCCCCCUGUAGCAGCAGUACGAUCUCGAACCGGUGAACGAAAUAUCCGAAACCGUAUCACGGCACUAGCGUGGAGGGAGCCAGUAGAUGGUAUAUAUUCCGCUCAUUCAGAUGGACAGAUUAGAGCUUGGAUACCUAGGACUGAAGAAGACAUUCAAAUGGAUCGUGAGGAAGAGGAGGAAGGCAAGAUUCAUGAUGAGGAUGAAGGGGGGAAGAGGAAGAGAAAUAUUCUCGAUGAUGUGUUUAGGGAUUUGACAAGACAGAAAAUAAGUUUUGGUUAGGCGAUCCAUCUAUCUUAAAUGCUUCUUUCUUCUAUGACUCGUUAUCACGCUGGCUUGAAAGUGCAAUGUUCAUUUAGAUACAUCCUAGAGGGCUUAGUGGCUUCGUAAACUCGACCCUGAAACUGCACCUCUAUUGAACUUCUUCAACCCCUCCUAGUUUUAAUCUCUUUUUAAAAGCUGCGGGGCUCA